UGUUAAUGUUGACUUACUUCAUUAUCAUUUAUUAAAGGAAAUACAUUGAUGAGAUGUUUCUCUUUGUCAACGAGGGUUUUGAAAUUCAAUUACUUUGGCGGGAAGAAUCGAAUUAUUUGUAACAGUGAAGUUUUAUUUUAUGUUAUGUUCACGAUUAUUGUUAUUUACUUCAAAGAUUAUUAUGGAAGGUAAAUCUGUUUCAUUAACUCAAAAGUACUCAUUUCGUAACCAAAAGAAGAAACUCGAAAACUUAACAUCUACAUCUGGUAAUUCAUCAGUGACUAAUGUAGAUGAUGUUGAUUCUAAGAUUAAAAAAGAAAAUGAUGUUUCUGAUGUUAAGUCUGAAAACACAGAUGAAACUAUUAUUUUGAAAAACGCAAAGAAGGCUCAAAGUGGAAGAAAAAGAAAAUCUGUCAAGGUUUCUUAUAGCAAUGAUCAAGACAUGAUUAAAAAGGAUAAGUGGGAGCCUGAGAAUUGGAAUAUUGUGUUGGACAACAUAAGAGAAAUGCGGAAAGAUAUGGUUGCUCCAGUCGACACAAUGGGUUGUGAUGUUAAUAAUGAUCUUAAUUUAACACCCGAGGUCCGCAGGUACCAGGUGCUUAUCUCUUUAAUGUUGUCCAGUCAGACUAAAGAUGAAGUAAAUUUUGCAGCUAUGGAGCGGUUGAGAGAUCAUGGCUUAACUGUUGAUAAUAUUCUAAAUACAGAUGAUGAUACUUUAGGAAAGUUAAUAUACCCUGUUGGAUUUUGGAAGACAAAAGUGAAAUAUAUUAAGGAAACUACUAAGAUCUUAAAACAGAAAUAUAAUUGUGACAUUCCUAAAACUGUUGAAGAAUUAUGUUCGUUGACAGGUGUAGGACCUAAGAUGGCACACCUUGCUAUGAAUUGUGGCUGGGGUGUAAUAACUGGCAUUGGUGUCGACACUCAUGUUCAUAGAAUAAGUAAUCGCCUUGGUUGGGUACAGAAACUUACUAAAACUCCCGAAGCUACUAGAAUAGCACUAGAAAGCUGGUUACCGAAGGACCUAUGGAAGGAAGUGAAUCAUCUCUUGGUAGGGUUCGGGCAGACAAUUUGUAAGCCUGUAAAGCCUGAUUGUUCAAAUUGUCGGAACAAAGCAAUAUGUCCUGCAUCUCAAGUCAAAUCGACAAAGAAGAAAUGAUUUUAAAAAGGAUAAUUCUAUACUAGGAAUAAAAACAUACAAAUUUAUUCAUUAUAUAUUUUUAUUAAAACACGCUAUAAAGAAUCCUAUUGUGUCUUCAUCAACAGAGCUUCCCCUAGGGAGGCCAAAUCUGGAUACCAACUCUCUUUCCUUUUCACUCAGUGAACUCUGCAACAAGAAAAAAUAAUAUGUAUAUAUCAAAAUUGAAAUGAUUCAGAAUCAUAAGAUUGUAAUUUGUUCUUUCAUUGUUUAAAACAAAAAUUAUAGUUAUUAUU